AUGAUAAAAAAGAUCAUUCACAGACCAAAGAAACCGCUUUUUGUAUUUAAAAGAGAGGAGUCUUUGCCAUAUGGGCCUAGGGUAAAGAGUGCACCGCCAAUUGAAAUAAACUUUGAGUUGCCUUCAAAGGCCGAGCCAAAGCCAGUGAUAAGGUUUACAAGGCCUGACGGAACACCUAUAAGAGUAGAAGACUUAAUAGAUUCAACAGAUAGUGAAGUGUUGACUGAGAGCUCAGCGGAGGCAGAAACAGAAGAUGAAAGCAUUCUGCAAGGAGAAAAUAUAGCUUGCACGCAGGAGAAGGCUGAGCCAGAAUGCAAGGAGCAAAAACUUGCCCAAAAGGAAGCAGUGUCUAGCCUCGAAAGUAGGGAGUUGAUGCUGAACAAUCUUCUGAAGAAAUUUUCUGAGGAAAGGAUUGCUGAGAAUAGAGGCCCAUGCUACAAGGUUAGUGAGAUUCUCAGUAUAAAAGAACGGCAGCCGAUUCCUCUUGAGCUAAAGAUAAAGACCAAAAAGGAGACCAAGGGAGUAUACCGGCCGGAUAGCAGCAGAAAAGAUACGUGCAUUGAGCAGGCUAGGCUUGAAUUCAAUAGACUUACAGCUAAAAACAUCGGCUUUGUUAUAAAGAAUCUUAAAGGCAUUCGAGUUGGAACCAUUGAGGAGAUGAAAGAGAUAGCAAACAUUCUAUUUGAUAAGGCGAUUUCUGAGCCCACAUUUGUAAAAUACUAUGCGCUUGUUGUACUCGACUUAAAGAAAGAGUGGCAGUCUGAAGAAGAAAAGUCCAGGGACAUAAGCCAGACUGUGUUCUUUGGAACACUUCUUACAUUGACACUGAAGACAUUCGAGAACAAGGAAAAAUGGGGAGACGAGCACAAAAGAAAAGAGGAAAUGACGUUUGAAGAAAGAAUGGCUUACGAAGAAAAGCUUGAGGAGGCGGAGACGGAAAGAUAUAUAAAGAAAAGAAAAACACUUGGGACAGUUGAUUUCCUAUCUUCACUAUAUUCUUUGAACGUGAUAAGUUAUGUGCAUAUAAAUGCUUGUAUAAACACACUAAUGAAGUCCUCUGACUCUGAGAAUAUUGAAGUGUUAUGCUAUCUGGUAGAAAAUAUAGGCGAGAAGCUAGUUGUAAGUGGGAAGGAACACAUCAUAUCAAUGAUAUGCUCUAAACUUGUACAAAAGAAAAACAGCUAUGCAAACAGAAUUAGAUACAUGAUAGAAAAUCUCCUUGAAAAGAAAAACUCCUGGAAGCCAAAAGAGGUGAAGGCCGGAAACGUCUUUUCUUGUCUAGAAGUUGAAAACGAUUACGGGAAUGCACAAAACCAAAGUCCUGAGGAAUCAAGCAAGGAAAGCGUGCUUACAUUCCUCUCGUCCUUGUCAGAAGAAUUGUCCAUGGCAUACGAGGACGACGAUAAAGAAGUCCUCUCUGACAAUCUGCGGAUUGGGGAAUCAAAGUUUGGUGCAGUUCCAUUCUAUUUAUCAUAUUUCCAAGAAGCUAUAUCGAAUCAUAAGAUCUCUGAUCUGCUUUUCGACUUUUUCAUCUCGUUUAGGAGUACAGCAAAUGUCACCGAGACACAGCUGAAAGAAACACUAACGAGCCUUAAGAAUGAGCUGGAGAUUUUGAAGAUCGACUUCCCAAUAUCCCCUAAGAAGUAUGCAGAACUUAUAACAAAACUAAGAGUGUCUAAGAUAAUAUCCCAGCCACUGUUCGAAGAGCUCAAAAGCGAGGACUAUAAUGGAAGAGUUCGGGAUCUGAUUCUUAAAUGGUACAAAUCAGAUAAGGACCGAGAAAAGGCACUUACUAUCUUCCCAAGUGAAACGAUAGAGAGUCUUGUUGCGAAAUAA